AUGUAUAUUUCUCAAUCUUUUUUCUUCUUGGCAUUUUUACAAGCUUUUUCUUUAGCUGCGGUUAUUAUUCCAGUAGAAGAAGCUGAUGCAUUAGGUAAUAAUCAUAUUGUUACUAGUAUACAUCCAAUUUCAAAAAUUCUAAAGACCGAUAAUGGGCAACCAUUAAAUAGCAAAUCAAGUAUAAGUGAUUAUUUCAAUAUUAGUUCGAUAUUAUCAGGUAUGGAAACUUUAAAAACUAGUACUAAGCAGUCUUUAAACAGUGUAACAAGUCCGACUUUUUCAAUAUUUAGGACUAAUUUAAGUACUAAAAAAUCUACUUUUACAUCCAACAGCACUAUACCUCGGGCAAGGUCCUUGAAAUCAACAGAUGAUUUGAAGCUUACUCAAUCUAUUUCAACAGUUAAAUCUCCAUUUUCUAGUACAACCACUCCUAAGAUGACAAUAGCUACAACUGGAACUACAACUGUGACAACACCUACAACAACAAUACUUACAACAACAACAAUACUUACAACAACAACAAUACUUACAACAACAACAAUACUUACAACAACAACACCUACAACAAUACUUACUACAACUACACCUACAACGACAACUAUACUUACAACAACACCUAUAACAACAACUACGCUUACAACAACUACACUUACAACAACUACAUUUACAACAACAGUACCUAUAACAACACUUAAAACAACAACACCUAUAACAACUACACUUACAACAAGUCCUACGACAACAAGUCCUAUGACAAUAAGACCUACAACAACAGGUCAUACAACAAGUUCUACAACAAUAAGACCUACAACAAUAGGUCAUACAACAAGUUCUACAACAAUAAGACCUACAACAAUAGGUCAUACAACAAGUUCUACAACAAUAAGACCUACAACAAUAGGUCAUACAACAAGUUCUACAACAAUAAGACCUACAACAAUAGGUCAUACAACAAGUUCUACAACAAUAAGACCUACAACAAUAGGUCAUACAACAAGUUCUACAACAAUAAGACCUACAACAAUAGGUCAUACAACAAGUUCUACAACAAUAAGACCUACAACAAUAGGUCAUACAACAAGUUCUACAACAAUAAGACCUACAACAAUAGGUCAUACAACAAGUUCUACAACAAUAAGACCUACAACAAUAGGUCAUACAACAAGUUCUACAACAAUAAGACCUACAACAAUAGGUCAUACAACAAGUUCUACAACAAUAAGACCUACAACAACAGGUCAUACAACAAGUUCUACAACAAUAAGACCUACAACAAUAGGUCAUACAACAAGUUCUACAACAAUAAGACCUACAACAAUAGGUCAUACAACAAGUUCUACAACAAUAAGACCUACAACAAUAGGUCAUACAACAAGUCCUACGACAAUAAGAUCUACAACAACAAGUCCUACAACAAUAAGACCUACAACAAUAGGUCAUACAACAAGUUCUACAACAAUAAGACUUACAACAACAGGUCCUACAAGUCUUACAAGAUCUGCAACAAGACUUACAACAAUGCCUACAACAACUAUGUUUACAACAAAAAUUAAUAGGCAUUUCCAUAAAGGGAAGUGUGAAAGUAAAUUUACAAUGUGGUAUGAAAAUGGUAUUCCGUUAUCAUCUAUUCAGUGUUCAAAUUACUCUGUUGUGUACAUGUAUAAUGAGCCACCUUUUUAUGUAAGCAAGCCUAUUAGUCAAAUUAAAGUUUUUUCUAACGGAUCUAUUACAGUUAAUAAUGUCUCUUUACCUAUUUCAAGCAUAUUAAAGAAAUUUCCUUCGAUACAAUAUGAAUUUAUGUUGGGUUACACAAAUAUAGGUGUAAGCGUAUUAUUAAAUAACUCUUAUUACAUUCUAUCUGCCAAUGGUACUGAUUUUUAUUUUGGUAAUGAAAGUGAUUCUUUAUUUGUUUUAAGUAGUGAAGAUGAAAUCUUCCAUGAUGGUGUAAAGCUAUAUCCUACUAAUAGUAAAGCAUCAUCUGCAAGUGCUAAACCAGUGUUUCUUUCUAUAGUAAUUACUAUCUUUAUUACGGCACUUAUUUUGUAG